UCAGUGUCUGAUGAUGAAUUUCCCCACAAAUCAUUAUCACUCAAUUCUGCAAGUGGUUCUGAUUUACUAUCGCUGUUCUCUAGCCGGUCUAAAACCACUUUUGACCUAAAGGGACGCUUUUUGGACGCCAUGGACAUUUCUCAGUUUCCAGGCAAAAAGAACAGUAAAAAUGCAGGCAGGGCGCAGGACAAAGCACUCGGGACAGUAUGUAUGUGAAAUGGUUUGAUACAGGAAUGUUUUACUAUGUGACUUUAGUGUAUUAUUGAAUGUCACUUUUUGUCAUUUUCAAAUUUCCCCCCGUUCCGUCCCCCGUACGUCCCAACAUCGCAGGGGACGGAACCCAGAAGACGGAUUCCGGCAUCGGUCGGAGGACAUUGCCGGGGACACUGCAGGAGGGACA